UUCCGGCAUUUUGAUCCCAUCGCCACCCAGACUACACACCCCGCAGAAAUUACAAGCAAAUUGAAAUCUCGAAGCAUCCUCACCAUCCUCACUAAAAACCCAAGAAAACUGAGCAAAUCCAUUUGAGGACCAAUUAUGGGAUGCACUGCCAACAGAAUUGGGAUAAUUUCUGCGGUGGUUGUGGACAGGUUUUGCCAAAAAACCCGGCCCCAUAUAUUUGUUGCCUUUUUGCGCCGAAUGUGAACGGCCUGCAACAAAACUUCAACUUCGGCCAGAAAAUCGAGGACGGAGGUGAUGUGCACGGCCGCAUUACUCAUUUACGUGGGGACAUCCCACUCCCUGAAGGUCUCAUGCCGGGCAUAAGCUCCGAACAGCAGGCUGGUCUAAGCCCUCCCCCUCAUGCUGAUCUGUGAAACAUGUCUUGCUGGUUCGCCUGAUAAUUCUCGAUCCGACACCCUGAAAAUAUCGUGUCACUACCAAACAUCGAUCGAGUUCCCCUAUAGCAGGUCAACAUUUGGGAAGAUCAAAAACGCUCAUAAAUUUUAAAAUACGCAUUCAUUCAUUUAUACAAUCCCGCAUUCAGUAUUUCUACUAAGACAAGCUCAGAGGAACGGAUGGGAUUUAUCGGCCCACUCCUUUGGGACCUUCACUACAAAAAGGUGGUGAAACAUUUUGCAUGCGGAAAUAUUUGUGCCUAUGCCUGUCUUGUCGUCGUGGUUGCCGAAGAACGGAUUUUGUAUGCGGUAUAUGCUGAUGUGAUUGAUAGUUCCAAAAAAGGAGACAGCAAAUUUUAUGGACGUCACAUAUAUAUAAAUAUAUCAAGGACAACACAACGUUUACGCUUCUUUCCGGAGGAAACAGAUUUUGAACGCCAGGCAAACCCUCAAAUGAAGCUGGACUUGUUGACUGGUCCUUUUACAAUGCCGGCGUUCUGGGCGGGAUCAAUAACCGGCACAGCAAAAAGCUCAAAGUUGCAGCUGGCCAGUUUACAAUUCAAAUCCCCACACCCUCAAUGUAACUUUUUUUGGCUUUUUUUUUCCUGUGGACAACUUGCCACUACCUUGCGUUACCAAAAAGAAAAGGCAAUUUCCCGCCGUUGUGCUGACCAAAACCGGACAAUUUUCGGUGCUUCCAAAAAAGCUUGAUACACCACCGGAAUAUUCCUGUUGGAGCAACACACAUCACAUAUAACAACACAUUACUCAACAAACCACUGUUACAAACUACUUACACAAUAAAAAAAAUCGCAACACACAAAUUAAA